AUGCCUUCACAAAAGACUCCAGCGCCCCGAAAUCAAAAGCGACAGCUGUCAACUAAAGUAGAGCCUACGACCGACUCUUCGCCGCCGCCCACCGCCAAACGACGAAAGCUCGAGAAUCAACGGCACAGGACGCCCAGUUCCUUCUGGGACAACUUGUCACGGCAGUGGCUCACACCUCGCGCACUCCGAGAGUUUGAUCGAAGAACGGAGUGGCCUGCUGCUUCUUUACCGCCUGAUCAGACUGAUAAGAAAGACAUUGAUCUCAUACAGCUCAAGCGCUUCGCGAGACACGGCGGACCAAGCCUAGGUAAACUUCGAGCUUAUCCUGAACCCGGAACCGCAGAUCCUUCCCAUCAGACCAUGGACUCAAGUCAAUCGGGCUCCAGGAAACGAGCUAGGACUGGAAGAGACUCGGAUACAUCGUCGAAGACCAGGAGAACCUCUGCCUAUGACCCUAGCUUCCAGCAGCAUCUCAUCGAUCACGGCGUUUAUCCUGAUGGGUAUGGUGGUCUCAGGAAUGUGCAAGAACCGCAUAAUUGGGAAGAAAUACAUGCAAGAAUGCGAUUGCCUCGAGCGUCCUUAUCGCCGACGCGCUUCGAUCGUGAAGCGUUUAUAGAUUUCAAAGAGAAGAAUCAAGAGGCAUUGACUGAGGAUACGGUGAUGGGCAAAGCGUUUUCAAUCAUUGCUGGCACCGCCCGGAUCCCCUCGCAAUACAACCUCGUAUUCGGAAACCUCAAAGAUCUGACCGAUGGCUCUAUCACCAAAGCUAAGCCGGACUUCUACGACGGGACGAAUCCAGCCGAACUACACAAACAGAUCCGGGCUGACCUAGGCCCCUACAUUGUGCCGUCAACAAAUACUGCCCUCCCGUGCGUGCCCAACUUCUUCACCGAAGGAAAAGGACCAGAUGGGAGUUCGGCCGUAUGUAAGCGACAAGCUUUGUAUGACGGUGCUUUGGGUGCCCGUGGUAUACAAGAACUUCGGUCAUAUGUCGUUGGCGAGCCAUCGUAUGACAACAAUGCUUAUACAAUUAGUUCUACCUAUGACGGUGGCACUGGCGACCUCACAGUAUACUCUACGCAUCCUACUCCGUCCAAGGACUCCCAAAAUCCGAUCGAGUAUCGCAUGACUCAACUUAGAGGAUGGAAGAUGACGGAUACCCCAGAAACAUUCCGACAAGGAGCUAGCGCCCUGAGAAACGCUAGAGACUGGGCACAAGAGAAACGGAAGGAGCUUAUUGCUGCGGCGAAUGGCAAGGCGCCAAACACGGAAUCUUCAGAAUUAGAUUCGUCCACGCAUAGCCUUCUAUCACCCUCUACAAACGGGAUCGUCGACCAAGAAUCUGACACAUCGACGGAUGAGCUUGCGUUAAAUGAUAGUCUUGCUAGCUCCAGUCACAGAACUCCGAUCGGACCUCGAAAAGAUCCUCCACCAAAAGCCUCGUCAUCUCGACGUAUGACAAGAGGUCUGGCGAGGGUCUCGGAGGACCUGGGAGACGAGAAUAGCUAA